GGUGCCCCUGAGGUAGACUGUGGUGGCACCAGGUAGGGACAGAUGGGUACUGUCAGUGUCCCAUAGAUAAGGUCAUCCUAAUACCUGUCCCUGAAAAGUGCCCCCCCCCCGGAGAGGUUCCAACGCAAACCCACAGUCCAGUCCAGGAGGCUGCAUAACCAUAGACGCCAUGUCCUUAGGGUGGACCCAGUUUUUACACAGCAAGUCUCAUAUCCCGAGAAACCCAUCACAGGCAACCCAGUGUCGGAAAGCCCCACCUGGGACCUGGGCCAGAGGACACGGAGGAAGCAGUCAUUGGUCCUCUGCUGAGGGCUGCUUUCAGUGUGGGGAGGAGCAGGGCAGAACAGCUCCUGAGAGCUAGCAAGCCCAGCCUAGGUCUCCCCUGCAGGUCUUUUCCAGGCCUUGGGGCCAUACCCAGCAUUCUGUCCUUUUUAGUGUCCACGCUGCGGGUAUGAACAUCCUGUGGGUGAGAUCUGUUCACCUCCAGUGUGAGCCCACUUUCCUGCCGUGCCUUUCCUCUUUUCCUGGAUGUACAGCUACUGGAAACGUGUGCGCCUGCCUUCACCCUCGUUCCAGUUCUCUCCACCCCUCUCCCCUCCCCCUGCCCUUUGCCCUCCCAGCGGCAUCUGGACAAGCCCCAGCAAGAAGCAACAGUCGCACCAUGGUUCCUCAGGCUCGCCGCUGGCUGGUGUUUUUCUGCUUUCUGCUCCAGCUUCAGGGACCCCUAGGAACUGUAGUUUUUGUAACCCAGGAGGAAGCACACAGUGUCCUCCACAGGCAAAGACGCGCCUAUGCGUUCCUGGAGGAGCUGUGGCCGGGUUCCCUGGAGAGAGAAUGCCUGGAGGAGCAGUGCUCCUUUGAGGAAGCCCGAGAGAUCUUCAAGAGCACGGACAGAGCAAAGCAGUUCUGGAUUGUGUACACAGAUGGGGACCAAUGCGCCUCGAACCCAUGCCAGAACGGGGGCACCUGCCAGGACCACCUCCAGUCUUACAUCUGCUUCUGCCUCAUAGACUUCGAGGGCCGGAACUGUGAGAAGAACAAGAAUGAGCAGCUGAUCUGUGCCAAUGAUAACUGUGGCUGUGACCAGUACUGCACUGACCAUCCAGGGACUAAGUGCACCUGCCACUGCCAUGAGGACUAUGUGUUGCAGCCUGAUGGGGUGUCCUGCAAACCAAAAGUUGAGUAUCCAUGUGGGAAAAUACCUGUUCUGGAAAAAAGAAAUUCCAGUGGCCCUCAAGGCAGGAUUGUGGGAGGCAAGGUGUGCCCCAAAGGGGAGUGUCCAUGGCAGGCUGUGCUGAAAAACAGUGGGUUACUGCUGUGCGGGGCCAUCCUAUUGGACAGUACAUGGAUCGUGUCUGCAGCCCACUGUUUCGAUACUAUCAGGAGCUGGAAGAACAUAACAGUGGUGAUGGGUGAGCAAGACUUCAGCGAGAAGGAUGGGACCGAGCAGGUACGAUGGGUCAGACAGGUCAUUAUUCCUAACAAGUACAUCCCAGGCAAGAUCGACCACGACAUUGCCCUGCUCCGUCUCCACCAACCUGUGACCUUCACUGACCACGUGGUACCCCUGUGUCUGCCUGAAAGGGCCUUCUCCGAGAGAACCCUCUCCAGAAUCCGCUUCUCAAGGGUCAGUGGCUGGGGCCAGCUGCUGGACCGCGGGGCCACAGCCCUGGAGCUCAUGGCUGUUGAAGUGCCCCGGAUGAUGACUCAGGACUGCCUGGAACAUGCCAAGCACAGUCCCAGCACCCCCCAGAUCACUGACAACAUGUUCUGCGCUGGCUAUAUGGAUGGCACGAAGGAUGCCUGUAAAGGUGACAGCGGCGGCCCCCAUGCCACACACUACCGUGGCACCUGGUACCUGACAGGUGUGGUCAGCUGGGGCGAGGGCUGUGCAGCUGUUGGCCAUGUUGGAGUGUACACCAGGGUCUCCAGGUACACAGAAUGGCUGAUCAAGUUCAUGAACUCCAAGCCCCGGAUUGGGAUUUUUCGAGUCGAGCUGCUCUAACUCCUUGGACAGCCCAGCCUUUCCCGAGGAGGAAGCUGCUGCUGUGUAGAGCUGUUUUGUAUCAAAUCCUAUGGAGUCUCCUGCUAUUCUUGGGGGUGGGGAAGGGGAAAGAGAUGAAGAGAUAAAGGGAGCAGAAAGAGAUAUCAGAGAGAGGAAAACAGGGAGAGAAACAGAAAGAGGGAUCUGAAUGAGAAACUAACAAAGACACUCAGGGACUGGAUGGUAGAGCCACAGAUGGGCAGCCCAAAGGGGCAUGGUGGUCCUGAGGGAGAUGAGGUCCAGCCCUUGCUGCUGCCUCCCUGCAGCUGCCUCCCAUCUGCAUGUGCUCUGCCUGCAGUGCUGCAGUGUGCACACGUGCAUGUAGAAUGUGUGCGCGCAUGCAUGUGUGUGCACUCACAAUGUGUACAUCAUCUGCACUGUCGUUCCCUUUCAUUUCUUUCCUUUUUUGCAUGAGUACCCCGUCUUUAUUUCAAUUAAAUGAGAAACACUU